AGUUCUGAUCGCUGGAUGUGCCCCAAUGACAGAUCCAUGGCCCUCCGCACAAGGCUUCCGUCAGGAUGGUCCAUCCGCCCUGACCAGCCUGAGAAACCGAGAAAGAAUGAAGAGCUCACAGAUGAGGAGAAGGAGAUUAUCAACAGAGUGAUUGCUCGAGCUGAGAAAAUGGAAGAAAUGGAGCAGGAGCGCAUCGGGCGCCUGGUGGAUCGCUUGGAGAACAUGCGAAAGAAUGUGGCUGGAGAUGGGGUAAACCGCUGCAUCCUGUGUGGGGAACAGCUGGGAAUUCUGGGCUCCUCCUGCGUGGUGUGUGAGGAUUGCAAGAAGAACGUCUGCACCAAGUGUGGAGUGGAGACCUCCAACAAUCGCCCACAUUCCAUCUGGCUUUGCAAGAUUUGCAGUGAGCAAAGAGAGGUUUGGAAGCGCUCUGGAGCAUGGUUCUUCAAGGGCUUCCCCAAACAAGUGCUCCCUCAGCCCAUGCCAGUGAAGAAAUCCAAGCCUCAGCAGCCGCCCAUGGAGCCCAGCUCCUCAGAGCCACCCACCCUGGAGCCCAAGCACCAUCCCCGAGCACCUGGCCGAGGUGACGCUGGGGACAAGAGGGGCAUGGGCCAGAAAUCAGGUCCUGAGCCUGCACCUGCUCCUGGCAGGGGCAGCUAUGGCCCCCCAAUGCGCCGGGCCUCAGAGGCUCGCAUGAGCUCCAGCGGAACGGACUACACAGGCAGGGAUUCCGAAGGCCGGGACUAUGGCCCAGGUGGGGCCGCUGGGGGUGAUGCCAGUCGGAGUCCAGCAGGCUUGAGACGGGCCAACUCAGUUCAGGCCUCCAGACCCUCCCAAGCAUCUAGCCAAAGUGCCGCAGCUCAGCCUGGUCCCCCAGGGCCUGCAGGGGCCAGCAGACCAGGACCGAGUGCAGCUGGCAGAUUUCCAGAUCAAAGACCAGAAGGGGAGCCUGCCUACCCCUCAGCAGCAGCCAUUCCCCGGGAUGACCGAGCCAGGGAUACAGGGGGUUACCCCCUAGCUGGAGCCAAGGAUGACCGGGCUGCACGACGAUCAGGAACCUACUCCCAGGCAGCCGCUGCACCCCAGCCUGCUGCUGCCCCAGCCCGUCAGCAGCAGCCACCUCCAGAAGAAGAUGAAGACGAAGCAAACAGCUAUGAUUCUGAUGAAGCAACUACCCUGGGAGCUUUGGAGUUCAGCCUUCUUUAUGAUCAGAACAACAGCUCCCUGCAAUGCACCAUUAUCAAGGCAAAGGGAUUAAAACCGAUGGACUCCAAUGGCUUGGCUGAUCCCUAUGUCAAGCUGCACCUUCUGCCUGGUGCCAGCAAGUCCAAUAAGUUACGGACAAAAACUCUGAGGAAUACACGAAAUCCCAUCUGGAAUGAAACCCUUGUCUAUCAUGGCAUCACUGAUGAGGACAUGCAAAGAAAGACCCUGAGGAUUUCUGUCUGUGAUGAAGACAAGUUUGGCCAUAAUGAGUUCAUUGGGGAAACUCGAUUUUCUCUGAAGAAACUGAAGCCUAAUCAGAAGAAGAAUUUCAACAUCUGCCUGGAGCGGGUCAUCCCUAUGAAGCGGGCUGGGACCACAGGAUCAGCAAGAGGCAUGGCACUCUAUGAAGAGGAGCAGGUGGAACGUGUGGGCGAUAUUGAGGAACGUGGCAAGAUCCUGGUGUCACUCAUGUAUAGCACGCAGCAAGGAGGCCUCAUUGUGGGUAUCGUGCGCUGUGUCCACCUGGCCGCAAUGGAUGCUAAUGGCUACUCUGACCCCUUUGUCAAACUCUGGCUGAAACCAGACAUGGGAAAGAAAGCCAAGCACAAGACACAGAUCAAAAAGAAGACUUUGAAUCCUGAGUUUAAUGAGGAGUUUUUCUAUGAUAUAAAACACAGUGAUCUGGCCAAGAAGUCACUGGACAUCUCUGUCUGGGAUUAUGACAUUGGCAAAUCCAAUGAUUAUAUUGGUGGCUGCCAGCUGGGUAUCACCGCCAAAGGAGAGCGCUUGAAACACUGGUACGAGUGUUUAAAAAACAAGGACAAGAAGAUUGAACGUUGGCAUAACCUACAGAAUGAGAAUCACGUCUCGAGCGAUUAAAGCAGGGACCACAAGCCCCGCCCCGACCCCCUGUCCAUUCCUCCUCUUUGCCCUCUGUCCCCCAGCUCCCCCCAGGCCUCCUGUCCAUUCCUCCACUUUGCCCUCUGUCCCCCAGCUCCCCCCAGGCCUCCUGCCCAUUCCUCCACUUUGCCCUCUGUCCCCCAGCUCCCCCCAGGCCUCCUGCCCAUUCCUCCUCUUUGCCCUCUGUCCCCCAGCACCCUCCCCCCGCUGGCCCCCAGAACUCUCCACCCCAGACCUGCGAUCAGCUGCGCUGGGUCCAUGCGCCUGUCUGAGCCAGUCUCUCUGGGCUCCCUCUGCUGUGGGCGCUGACUCCAGAUUGGAGUCUGGCCUUCUUUUUCUUUACCUGUACCUACCUUUGAGGUCUCUUUCUCCCCUCUUAAAUAUGAGGGGACACUUACCCCCCCUUUCACUCUCUCUUUCUUCCCCGUCUCUUUCUCUCACUCCUCCAUUUUCUUUCUUCCCCUCUUUCUGUAUUAUUGUUCCUCUUUCAAUCUAUCUCCAUG